AUGAUUUCUUCUUUAUUUUUACACGGCGUGGAGACGAAGUGCUUCGCGGCUGAGGCGGCUCGAUCGCGACCCGGUCAACAGGGCACAACAACUUCACUACGCGACGCCGUAGCGUCAACACCAAUACCAACACCAAAAACAUCAACACCAACAUCAACAACACCAACAUCAACAACAACACCAUCAUCAACGUCAACACCAGCGUCAACACCAAAACCAACACCAAAAACAUCAACACCAACAUCAACAACAACACUAAAACCAACACCAACACCAUCAACACCAACACCAACCCCAACAACAACACCAACAUCACCAUCAAGACAAACAAAAACAUCAACAACAACACCAAAACCAACAACAAUAUCACCAUCAAGACAAACAAAAGCAACAACAACACCAACAACAACAACAAAAACAACAACAACAACAAAAACACCAUCAACAAAAACACCAUCAACAACAAAAACACCAUCAACAACAAAAACACCUAAACCUACUUCGCGAUCAACAACAGCUCGGACAGCUCCGCCACCAACAGGAAAGCUGCGUCCCAAUGGUUGUCCUGAGAACUCUAAAGGCAAUCAAAUCCUGUUGCCUCAUAAAACAUUCUGUGGACUGUAUUACAAAUGUCACAAUGGAGAGACACUAGAUAUGCCUUGUAGUGUUGACAAAUUGUUCGAUCACAACCUUCGGACUUGUGCAACCUGGCAAGAUGUGAUGUGA